UUAGGGGAAAGAUACCCCUUGAACUUCCAAAGAGCUUCCAAGGAAAAGCAAUAAAAACAACAAUAGGCUAGAACAACUAAAUAACUAGCCCUAACUAUUUUCUGAUCAUAUAUUUAUUCUUAGGCUAUUGACGUUUUUGCUUCAUGAAUCUCUUCCGCAUCGUUUUGGUGUAUUUUGUUUUUCAUAUAAGAUGAGUUCUUACGUGGCAAAUUCAAUUUUCAAGCAGCAAACGAACGAGACAUCCUCCUAUAACGCCAUGAAUAGUUUUGGCAAUUAUGGAUCUCUCUCUGAUCUUCAUCACGCCAGUUAUGCCUAUAACGGAGGUCUUAAUAAUUUCAGCGGAAUCUCUAAUGCUACUGUGAACUCUCUGAAACGAGAAGAGAUGAAAACUAGCCUCCGAGGCAAUACGGACAUUCAAUCUCCAGCACGACCACAGUCAUGCUCGGCUAUGAGCUCUCGGAACUCCGGGCAAAACUGCCUGGCUGAUGAGAUGCUGAGCAAAGGAAUUGAAAGGCAAAUGGAAGUGGUCGAAAACCCCAGAACUAUGACUGAAGAAAGCGCGAUCAAAAUCGAAACUAUGCAAGCUGUAAAACGUCAAAACAUUUCGAAGAAGCACCAAGACAAUCAACAGCAACCGCAGAUCUUUCCCUGGAUGACAAAACUACACAUGAGCCACGAAUCAUCUGACGGUAAACGCUCUCGCACCAGUUACACCCGAUACCAGACUCUGGAGUUGGAAAAAGAGUUCCAUUUCAACCGCUACCUCACCCGUCGCAGGCGCAUUGAGAUCGCCAAUACCCUCUGUCUGAACGAGAGGCAAAUAAAAAUUUGGUUCCAGAACCGACGUAUGAAGUGGAAGAAGGAUUCGAAACUGAAAUCAAAGAAUUCAAUAUGAACAUGGAGUUGAUGACUGAUCUGGAGAGUAACUAAAAAGAAGUUGGCCCUCAUGUAUUGUGAGAAAGACCAUGAUUAAAAAUGUGAAGUCAUGUUUCAUAAUAAGCGCCUCUGUUGGCCUAAGUGUUAUGGACUAUUACAUUAUUUACAUAUUCCGUGUUUGCAACCUUACAUGUGGACUUUUAUUAUUUGCUUAAUGGUUGUAAAAAUGGAAGGACAUUUUUUUAACAAAAAUAUAGUGUUGUGUUGUCUAAAUGUAAAAAUUGUGUGCAGUCCUUUUGGAGUCUUUGGGAGGAGCUGUCGUCUACACGGUCACGCCCUCUUUUCUUGUUUCAAUGCAUGAGUGGAAACAUGCCACAUGGACAUUCUGCCUAUUCUGUUUUUGUUGAGAUAAUGAUAAUGUCCAUGAAAAACUUUAAUACAUGCCAAAUGAACUAUCUGCCAAUUAUGAUAUCCCAGGUUAAGAUGAUGAUAAUGUCACUGUCAAUGACCGAGACGCAAUGGCAAUACCCAACAACGAGGAAGACCUAGCUGGCGGUUCUUUACUGUUAUAAUCACAAAAAUAAGUGAUACAAUGUCUCAAAAGGCAUAUUUGGGCAAAUUGAUAUAUAAACGUGGUUCUUUUUAUAUUACUCAUAAAGAAAACUUUUGAGUAGACUUUUUCCAUCUAGAGAUUAUUUCAAAACAAAUAGCCUAAGUAGGCCUAAGACUUCCGUGUUGGUUGGCUGUUUGAUGACAGCACCCAUAAACACAGGCCUACCAUUCCAUGACGUGCAUGUUCACAGUUGUCUUGUCUAACCAAAACAGAGUAGACCUACAUAUCGGAUCACCUGCCAUGCUCAAAGCUGCAUAAUAUGUAUAUUUUCAGAUGGCCUAUUGUACAAUUUCCUGAAUAAGCUGUUGUGAUUCAAUCAGAAGUUCCAGGUGUUUGGAAACCUUUAGAAUAAACUUCCCAUAUCGUAUUACCAGCACAUUCGUGUCGCACUUUUAAUGUCUUCACAUCUGUGCAUUUGGUAUUAAACAAAUUAGAGUUAGUAGUUUAUAGGGUAUUCCUAACAGAAACGCCUGCAGAUAAAACUAUAGGGAUUCACUACAUUUGUUUGUAUCUGUUUGUACUCUUCCACCACAGAUAAUGAAAUCAAUAUACAGCCAGGAAGGAUUAUAGCUGUGGCCACUACUAAAUUAAAAUGCUAUUGAUUGAGAUGUAUAGGCAUAUUUUCAACUAGAGCCUAUAGCCACUCACAGACGUUGAUGUUUAUUUGGCUUUACUCACGACCCAAACAUAAGGUUAUGGCCUUCUUUUGGGAAUGUCUGUGUUGUGUGCUUAUACAAUAAAUAUAAAUGCAAUAUAAAGAG